ACAUAAUAAUUCAUCUUUGAUGUAUUAAUAUCAUAUUUCUUCUUUUUCGUAUAAUGAAUUUAUAAUCGUACCUUCGGCUCUACAGAAUGAGUUAGAACGAAUGUGCUCUAGAGAAAAGAUUACACACAACAAUUGUUCAGCCCUUCAAAAGGAAAUUUAUGCAGGGCACUAUUCAUCUAUUUAUACAGAAUCGUACAGCUUCAUACAAAAUUACACUUACACUCACAAAGAUUACACACAUGAGUUACAAAAAAUACAAGGACAACAUUAUCUUUUGCUUUCAGUAUUCAGGAUGACACCUUCUUCUUGCAUUGUCUCCCUGUGUUGCUAUGACGAAUCUAGCUUCGUUGCCCCUCCAUUGUCCUGCAUCGAAGGUGCUCGGGUGCCGAAGCUCCUACAAUACUUGGUAACAUAUUGAUAGCCAAUGAUUAAACGUGUUUUUGAGGACCUUCAAAAGACGAAGGCCCCCAACAUUGAUUCUAAAUCAAGCCUUAGCAAUUAGUAACAUCAAGUCAUCUUAAAGACUAAUGUGUCAUUCAACCAACGAUAUAUAGGGUAUAUUUGGAUCUCAUUCUUAUUAUGGGACUUUGAGUUUUAGGCAAUCAAUAUAAAAUUUGAACAUUGGAUUUUAAAAUGAGACAUGUUAGAUCUCAUUCUCAUAGCAAUAAUUGUCUUUGUACAGUAGAAGUCUCCAAAUAAAUUUAUCGUAGAUAACUGAUCUAAUAUUUCUUACGCAACAUCUUAUUUUUUUAGGAGACUCAAACAACGCCACAUUAGUUUAUGUUUAGCGUUUUAUUGUAUGUUUGGUUGCUUGGGCUCCAUAGGCCUAGGUAGGCACAAGAAGCAUGGAUGGGGUUAGCCUUGGUAUGCCUAUUUCCUUGGCAUGAAUUAUGUACCCUUAGGAUAGCCUUGUGAAACCAAAGUAUGUAAAUUACAAACUUAGGAUCAUGAAUGCUCAACAUGGUAAGUUGACAAAUUCCAAUUGGUUUCUACCUUCACAUGUCUAUUGGAAUGGUCAGGAUCAAGGGUGAUGACAAAGUUUGUCAGUCCCAUCCAGCCCCACUGAUACCUCGGAAAAUAUCGAAGCAUUGCUAAUACUUGCUUUAUUUAAGUAUUUAUAUUUGUGUAAUUAUAUUCAAGUAUUACAUUAUUAGAAUUGACAUGCUAGAAUAAGAUUAAAACCUAGACGUAAAACUUUUGAUCGUAACGUAGAAAAACACUUCUAAGCAAAAGGGGUGAAGUGGGCUUUUUGCUAAGCUUUAAUUUACGGGGGGGGGGAUAGACAAGCCCAAUUCAUCCUCUCUUGGACAUUUAGAUUCUUUCAACCCAAUAUAAAUGUGGGUAGACCCUUCUCAUCUAACUAACACAUAAGUGAACCUUGGAUCAGAGUCAACAACCGCAAAAACAAUUUGGUUGUAGUGUGUUUCUCCCCUAAAGUUAUCUCCACCAACUUACUCAUCUUCAUCUUUUAUUUCAAAGUCUACUAUAUAAACAAUGCAAUAUACAACACAAAACAAUGUUUUUGCACGACCAUAUGGAUGAUCUGCUAGCCAUAGCCUAAGAAAGCAACCUUAGAAUUAAUAGGGACCCUUGUAAGGACAUGUGUCCCAUCAAUAGCCCCAAUACGGUCCUAGAUUAUAUAACUAGAACAUUUUAAGUUAUUUAAUUUACCUAAGAAAGUUAAGGAUUAUGGGUUAACUACCCAACCAUGAAAAGAGGUUAACUAACAUGUUUGUUGGCUAGUGAGGUCACAGGACUCCGUGUAAAAAGCCACAUGUGGCUUGGGUACAAAACUACAAACAAGACCAACAGAGGGAAGAAAACAAUAUGAGAGGUAGAGCAUUUUCAUCAAGCUAAUAGUCCACUUUUGGAUUCGUCGUGUUUGGCUUAGAUGCAUGUGUAGUCAAACAUGUGAGAUUCACAUUACACUAGUCUGAUUGACCUUUAACCACACAUGCAAACACACCUUUGACACACAUGUUUUGUAGAUUACCCUGUUUUUAGAAUUAUUUCGUUUUUCCCUAUUUAUCUUAGGAUCAAUUUGGUAGAGCCCGCUCCAUGAUUUUAUAGCUCUGAGACUUGAAUCUCCAUACUCCGCUAGAGUGAUUUUGAGUGGGUUUUUAGCAAGGGUAAAUCUAUCUAACAAAAACAAAGCGAUUUCUAAGGGAUUAGACCGAAGUGUGAAUAAAGUGAUUUCUAACAGAAAGUUGUAAGAAGAUUUAUAUAUAAUAGAUAUUUCACUUAGGACAUCUGCAAUGGUCGUCUUAAAUACCUAGCUGAUAGAAGAAUAAAAAUAGUAAUUUAUUUCAUCACUAGUAUUUGGUUCCAGACAUAAUACAUUCAGUUUCUUAAAAUACUUGAAAUCUUCUCAUAUUUUUAACUAUGUAGCAAAGAGAUUGAAUCUAGCUAGUCAUUGGGACACCCUUAGCCCAUACCAUAAGGCAUAUCUUUUACGGUGGCGGAAACUCCCUUCAUUUCUUUCACCUCCGAUUCGAUUCCUUGUCCCCUCUUGAUCCGAGCCGCCACCAAACCCUAACUAUCUAAACCCCCCGUCUCGCUGUCCGAUGGCCGCCGCCUCGCCGCCGCCCUCCCCACCCCACGCAAAGCGCCCCAAGAUGUCCUCCUCCUCCGACCCGGAAGCCGAUGCUGAGCCCACCUCGGCCUCCGCCGCCGUUGAGGGCGCCGAUCCUGCGCAGCGUCGUCCCAGGUACAAGCGCCGCAAGGUCGCCAUCCUUCUCGGGUACUGCGGCGCGGGGUAUCAGGGCAUGCAGAAGAAUCCGGGCGCGCGCACCAUCGAGGGGGACCUCGAGGAGGCGCUCUACCAGGCGGGCGCCGUGCCCGAGGCCGACCGGUCCGCGCCGCGCCGUUACGAUUGGGCACGUGCUGCGCGCACCGACAAGGGCGUCAGCGCCGCGGCGCAGGUGGUGUCCGGGCGCUUCUACGUCGACCCGCCGGGCUUCAUCGAUCGCUUGAACGCGCAGCUCGCGCCGCAGAUCCGCGCUUACGGCUACGUGCGCGUUACCAACUCAUUCAACGCGAAAAAGUUCUGCGACCGCCGGAGGUACCUGUAUCUGCUUCCCGUAUUUGCUCUUGACCCCAGCGCACACCCGGACCGCGAGGCCGUCAUGGCGAGCAUGGGGAGUGGGAGCGAGCUUACCAAGUGCCUGGAGUGCUCCGAGAGAGGCAGGAAGAUUCCUGGUGUCAUGGGCCGGGAGGGGAAACUGCCCAGCCCCGGGCAGAAUGGUGUUGAUGCUCCCGUGGAGGGAAGUAGCCAUGACGAAUCUGGAACACUUGGGGAUGCAAAAUGUGACCAUACAAGUUCAGAUGGUAAUAACCCAUUUGCCCAUGGGGAAGUUGGAUCGAACAGCAAGGAGAAGCCUGAUUUACCGGUCUCUGGUGAUAGAACUGAAGUUGCAAAUGCAAAGAUGGGAUCAAAUGGCGACGGUGCUGUUGUAUCAUCAGCUGAUGCAGAUAUUUAUAUUGGGAACGAGGAGAAGAAACUUGAGCCUGCAGCCACUGAAAAUAAAGCUCAAGGUAUGGAAUCUGAGAAGAUCAAUGGAGAAGAGAAACUGCCAACUAAGAGUACCUUUUCUUACACUGAUGAAGUGAAGGAGAGGUUCAACAGGAUUCUCAAGUACUAUAUUGGGACACACAAUUUCCAUAACUUCACUACAAGAACCAAAGCAGAGGAUCCUGCAGCAAAAAGAUUUAUCAUUUCCUUUGCUGCUGACCGUGUUGUCAGCCUGGAUGGGAUUGAUUUUGUCAGGUGUGAAGUUGUUGGACAGAGUUUCAUGCUCCAUCAGAUCCGGAAGAUGAUUGGUCUUGCUGUAGCUGUGAUGAGGAACUGUGCACCUGAAUCAAUUUAUGAUGUCGCUUUUCGCAAGGAUGUCAAUCUUAAUGUGCCUACUGCACCUGAGGUCGGACUGUACCUAGAUGAAUGUAUGUUCACAUCAUACAACAAGAAAUGGAAGGAUUCACAUGAGGCAGUUUCCAUGGAACCUUAUUCUGAGGAGGCCGAAGAGUUCAAGGUCAAGUAUAUUUUCACUCAUAUUGCGGCGAUGGAACACAAGGAGGGAGCUGUAGCUUUGUGGUUGCAUUCAUUGAACCACAGAAAUUAUCCAGAUUUCCGUUACAUGGAAACUGCCGAGCACAAUCCUGGUGCUGAAGUUGAGAGUAUUGCUGCUGGUGCAGAGCCCAAGGUUGGAGCUGAAGUUGAGAAUACUGAAGAAGUACAGAUGCCAAGCGACAAUCUAAGUGAGUAAUAAAUUUUGCCAAGGGGCAUGCAAAACUGAAGAAAAUAUCUGUUUGUCGUGUUACUGAGAGGGACCUCAAACAUUUCUAAUGAGAUAUCGUAAUAUAGAGAAUGAAAACUCAUAUGUUCUCCAAUGGAAUAUGAACAUCAAGAGGUUAAUGUGCAUCACUUUAUGCCAUCAUGAUCCCUAUGUUAAUCUUCUGAAAUAAGAACCUAUAGGUCUAUAUUAGUCUUAUAUCUGAACUUCAUUAAUUGCUUCCAGACAAUUGUAUGACAAAUGGCACUCGGAAAUGUUUCAGCAAUGUUUUUGUUUGCUGAAAUUAUUAUGGGAUUCACUAUUUUCUCUUAUCUACAA